AUGUCCACCGAUGUCAGCGACUCGUUCGAGAUCUACUCGCGCGACAAACCACCGCGACCACUCCCGUCGGACCCGAGUUUGCGGGCAGACAUCGAACACGUCCUGGAACACGGCUACGUGAUUCUGCCGAAUUGUUUCUCCAAGGCCGAAGCCAAGGAGGCGAGGGACGAGAUUGUGCGAUUGCUCCAGAAGGAUGGGCGGGCAUUGGGUGGGCGCAACAACUUCGAAGGCCUCAACACCAAUCGCAUAUACUCGUUGCUGAACAAGUCGAGAGUGUUUGACAAGUUCGUCAUCCUACCGCGUGUCCUGGCGUUGAACGACUAUUUCCUGGACCAAGGCUAUCUUCUCUCAGCCUUCCACACCAUCAGCAUCAACCCCGGCGAGAAGGCACAGUCCUUGCACCACGACGACGGGUACAUCCAGUUCCCGCGACCGAGGUUGCCGUUUGGCACGGCCAUCAUGGUCGCCCUGGACGAGUAUACCGCCGAAAAUGGAGCAACGAGGAUCAUCCCCGGGUCGCACAAAUGGGACAGCAAGCGACAGGGGAGGCCCGAGGAGACGAUUCCCGCCUUAUGUCCCGAGGGGGGAGUCGUCUACUUCAUCAGCACGCUCUGGCACGGCGGCGGCGCCAACGUAUCCGACAAGCCGCGACAGAGCGCCACGGUACAGUACUGUCAACCGUACAUCCGCCCGAUCGAGAGCCAGAUAUUGGCUGUGGAUCCGAGGAAGUUGGAUGUCAUUCAUCCGAGGAUUGUCGAGAUGAUGGGGUACAAACAUAUGCAACCUUUCAUGGGUUAUGCAGACGGGUUAGGCCCCAGGAGGGCAGCGCGCAGGAUGGUGAAGUGGCUGCAGAGCGAUGUUGACGACAACCCGCCCACGUUCGCUCAUGGUUUCAGGGAUGCAUCGAAAUUGUAG